AUUUUCUCAAAAAAGAAAGCUGUUUAUCAACCGCGUUGUUGCAUCGUGAGAAAACGAGAGAAAAUUUCCACUCGAGCUUUAUCAGAGGUUCUUGCUCGUCGACGUGAGAAUUUUUGUUGAUUUAACGAAUGAAUUGUUCGACGGUUACCAUGCCAUAUUUCACCGUCGAACAUACUGAUGAGCGAUAAUUAUUAGCGGCGACACAUCGAUCGAAUAAUAUAACGAAUGUUCCCUCUCGUAAUUGGACAAUAUGUCUUUAUUAUUUUCGACGACAGUGGAACAUUACUAAAGCAAACAGAGUCUAAUGAAACAUUACAGUCGCGAUAUAUGCAGAAAUGUUCGAGUCACUGGCCAGGAAAUACUGAUACUAUUACUCCUAAUCAGCAAUUCGCGAUAUUAACAAUCGAUGUUUCGUUUAAAAGCUGACAGAGGCGCUAAACCUUUCUGAAAUAUCUUUUUAGAGGCAACCGAUAGAUAGAAAUGAAAUACGUUGUAUGAUUUGAUUUUCUGAUAAUACAAUGAGAAGAAAUUAUUUUCGAAAUUCUGUCUGGCGAGUGUGCAACGAAUUGCACGGCGACAAAUGUACGGGGAAAUGUCGAUGCAAAAAUCAUUCGAGUGACCAAUUAAUAGAGAUAUCGUAUAACGCCUCCGUGAUAUAAAAUUAUUAUCGGCUAUUUGGCUCUGUAAUAAACGCUGGAAAUUCAGAUUCGAUAAUUAGUAUUGUCGUGAACAUUAACGGUAUUAUUUCGCAGACGAUGUUGCUUGAAAUUUGCCUGUACGUGACAAUUCAAUUUAUUUUCCUUUUUAUUCAAAUUAUUUCAUUUCAAUUACACUAUUACGACAAUUAUGUAGAAUCAGACAAAAUCAUUCUCAGUUGUUAUACAGAUCCUCUUUGAUAAUUUUCAUCGAUGCAAGAGCGACCGAUGUAACAAACGAUGGGCGUUCCGUGUGUUUAACUGAGGAGUGUAAAAGAUUCGGUAAAGUUUUAUUCAAAAUGGAAAACAGCUGGGAGAAAAUAAUAAGGGAACGUUUUCUUUGACGAUCGUAUAAAACAGCUACGAGGAUACUAACGAACAUGAACGCAUCCGCGGAUCCCUGCGUGGACUUCUAUGAAUAUGCAUGCGGCAACUGGCCAACGAUACAUUCGCUUCCACUUGGAGAGAAUUCCUGGCAAUUGCGAGCCAUUUCUGACAACGAGAACAAAAGAAGAAUCGAGGGUAAGUUUCACCCGUUUCGUAAAUUCCCUUUGGGGAUGACGAACAGAAUUUUGCAGAAAUGAUGAAGAUGAAGCUGCGAGGCGACGAAACCUCACCGGUAAAGGUUGCGAAACAAUGGUACAAAACUUGUAUGAACACAGGUAGUGAUCUAAUUAAAUUACUAAUUUAUAAACGAUUGGCCACUACACGAUAGACAAUAAUUAAUUCGAAAUUAAUACUGGUGACUUAAAUAUAAAAUACCAGAGAAAUUGAAAUGAAAGCUAAUUGAAGAAACGCAUAAAAAAUACAAAAUACAUAAAUGUUAACGUUUUGUAAAUUUAUGAAAUUUCUAUGGAAAAAAUGGGAAAUCAUAAGACUUGUACGCUAUAAAAUUUCUAUCCAAAGUAGAAAUUGUUGUAAAUUUUGUAAAGUUAUAAAACAUCUAGAAAAAGUUAAGAUUUCAUGAAAGUUAUAAUAAUUAUCCAUAAAAGUUCUAUAAAAAAGUAGACAUCGCUAAUUUUGACCGUUCUGGUACUUUGCCCUGGUUUUGUAGGAUAUUAUACUUUAACGAUUGGAAAUGUUGUUAAAUUUCAUUAUAAAGAGAUUAUCCAUGAAAAUUGUAUCGGUUCGAUAAUUUUCCAUUGCUCGUAGAGGAUAUGAAUAAGCGAGGUAUGGAACCGAUACUCUUCAUAUUGAAUGAAAUCGGUGGAUGGCCGAUAAUAAUAGGAAAAAACAAGUGGAACGACAGUGAACAGAAAUGGCAGAAUAUCGACGAUUAUUAUGCUCAUUUAAGAGGAUCUAAUUUGUUGCAUGAUGUCCGAGUCACGGCGUAUGGUGAUACCAAAGAGGAGACUGUGGUUGUGAGUAAUCGAUUCUGUUCGUACGUAACAAUUUUGCAAAUUCCUUCAAACAUUUCUAGUUAGACGUUCCUGACAUGCCAGCGUAUUCGUGGAUGCUCGAAGAAUUUUUCGAAGCUGACAACGUGACACUUACAAUCACUGAUAAAAGAGAUUUUAGUUAUUGGAAGUACAUUGUGAAGAUAAUUUCGAAAACAGCUGAGGCUGGAGGAUUUAAUACAACAAGCAGCCAGUUAGAAGAGGAAAUUGAAGAUAUAUUUAAUUUUGAAUGGAAAUUGUUGAAGAUAAGUAGUAUGGUAAAUGAUUAUGUAAAUAUGACUGUGGCAGGCUUCCAAAAAUGGUACGAUAAUUUAAAGCCACGUACACAGAAAUCCAUGGUAAAUUGGAUAGAUAAGAUAAUGAGGAUUUUUAAUGAAUCGGGUAUCGAUAUCUCUGAAGACACGAUGUUAAAAGUAACCUCACCUGAUUACUACGAGAAAUUAAUCCCCUUACUCGAUGAAACUCCAAGCAGAACCAUAGUGAAUUACCUUCAUUGGAGCUUCGUUUCAUCGAUGAUCACAGAGACUACCGACGAAAUGAGGGAAUUGGAUGAGAAAAUGACUGGAAAUGAUUCAAACGUGCAAGAAAACAGGUCGGACUGGUGCAUCAAGAAGAUGGAAUUAACGAAAGUCGUAGCGCACGUGGAAUACGUAAGAAGAUAUUUCUCCGACGACAUGAUAGAAACGGCAUUGAAUGCGUUGGAUGACAUAGAAGAGGAAAUGAAGAUACAAAUUAAAGAAUCGAAUUGGGCGAACAAGAAGAUAAAAGAUUUGGCUUUAAGAAGAAUUAAGUUUAUAAAAAAAAAUAUUGGUUACCCGGAUUGGUAUAAUAACGCGACUAUCAUGGAAAAUUAUUCUGCAAAUCUUACAAUGGGACCGAAGUAUUUUGAAAAUGCAUUGGAGGUUCAGAGAUAUUAUAAAUUCAAGGAAUUGCGUCUUUUGAAGUAUAAAGAUGUAGCGGAACCAUGGAUUAUCGAUCCUUUGACUCUCAAUGCAAUUUAUUUGAGCCAAUCAAAUUCAAUUACUGUACCCUUGGCGAAUUUACAGGAACCAUUUUUCAGCAGAAAUCAACCAAAUACGAUUAAUUACGCGUUGACUGGGUUUUUAUUAGCACACGAAUUGCAUCAUCCAUUUGACGAGCUAAGGCGUCUUUUCAAUGAACGUGGCGAGGAAAUAAACUGGCCAGAUGAAAUGACGAAGCAAUACUAUAAAAGUGCUCAGUGUUUCGUUGAUCAGUACGACAACUAUACUUUAGAUGGGACAUCUUCUGGUCCAAAAAUCAAGAAUUAUGGCAAUCAGACUUUCGACGAAAAUAUGCCAGAUACCAUGGGAUUAAAAACUGCGUUUAAAGCGUACAAACGAAGAGAAAUAAUAAACGGCAAACCAGAAUCAACACUGCCUGGCUUGGAAAUGUUCAACAAUGAUCAAAUUUUCUUCCUAUCGUCUGCUAAUUUAUGGUGUGAAACCAGAGAUUCCCAAACGUUAGUCACAGAUGCCAAAUUAGACAUACAUAGUAUUGGACGAUUAAGAUCCAUAGGGGCUCUUUCGAACAACGAGGAUUUCGCAGCUACAUUUUCCUGUCCUCUGGGCAGCCCUAUGAGUCCUAAGAAGAAAUGCAACAUAUGGAAGAUAUAGCAGGUACAUUUCAAUUAAAUGUUCGAUCAUUCGAUUCAAUUUAACAUACCAUUGCAGCAAUAAAAUAGAAAAAUGAAACGAAGUUAAAAGUGUGCGUCUAUUUUCAUCUUUGUGCUCUCAAAUCGGUUAUUAAUUAUAUGUUAUCGGACGUAGAUAGUGCGAUAGAUACAACUAUUACAAAUCUUAUAUAAUCUUUUACUAAUACAAUACGAUGGUAACGCUAAAAAUUGAUAAUGCAGUGGAGAUAGUAACGCAUAAGUUGAAGGGAGUUUGGCGUACGCGGAAGUGCAACUUUCCCUUUGAUGGCUGUUGGUAUCAAAAGUGAGAACAAGGCGCGCACUCGCGUACCUUGGGUUUCGAAUAUGGAGCAGCGAUAGAUACAAAAAUUCUCAGUAAUUGUAUCGGUAAAACAGCAAAACAUCAGUAGUCGGCCAUCACAAAUGUCACGCUUAUUCUGUAUCUCGUCGGUAAGACUAUCAGUGAUAACUGUGAUAAUUCCUAUAUUCACAGAGAGCGCAAGAAACACUGAUUUUUUGACAGGUCGGUAUUUCGCAAUCUAAAACGCGAAGUUCCAUUUAAUGUCACGUCUAUCGUGUCCUUAAUAAAUUUUCUUAGUCAAUGGUAUAUACCAUCUGUGUUGUCGAUAUAGAAAUUUCCUUUUUACC